CGCUCCGCCUCUUCUGCCCUUCUUCGCGCUCUGUGAGAUGGCGUCGAGCGUUCCGCGAAAGGGCUACGGGACCAUCUGAGAAGGAGGAGGGAGAAGGAGGAGGUUUCUUUUCCAACAGGGCCACCUGGCAGGGGAACCGGCUGUCAAACGACGACAGGCAGCAUGGCACCUCUCUGGCCCUGGGGAACCUUGUGGCUGGCUUAUUUCGCAGCUCGGGGUGUGGCGAGCGACGAUCCUCCAUUGAAGUGCGAAGAUCUGCGAAUCGGCCAAUAUCCUGAAAGCGGGAGGACGCCAAGGGAACCCGGUCACCAUGAUCCUAAAAUAGACAAUGCAACCCAAGAACCCAUGAAGUGUACUAAUCAUACUGCAUAUGUUGCCUGUCUUCCAGCCCCAAAUAUUACUUGUAAAGAUUUCAGUGGAAAUGAAACUCAGUUUACUGGAAAUGAAAUUGGAUUUUACAAGCCUGUUGAAUGUCGAAGUGUAAAUGGUUACUCCUAUAAAGUAGCAGUAGCUCUGUCUUUGUUUCUUGGCUGGUUGGGAGCAGAUCGGUUUUAUCUAGGAUACCCUGCAUUAGGUUUGUUAAAGUUCUGCACAGUAGGCUUUUGUGGAAUUGGUAGUUUGAUUGACUUCAUUCUGAUUUCAAUGCAGAUUGUGGGACCAUCUGAUGGUUCUAAUUACAUAAUAGAUUAUUAUGGUGCAAGGCUUACCAGGCUGAGUAUUACGAAUGAAACAUACAGAAAACCUCAAAUAUACCCUUAGUCUUGCCAAAUUCACUUAUUUUAUUUGAGCGUGAGAAGAUGCCUGCACACUAAAUGACGGAAGUGGACUGUCUUCGGAGGACAGAGAAGCGUCAUCAACUCUUGUCAUCCGCUCUUUCUGCACAAAGGAGAAGUAGUAGACUGCGUUAUUAUACACUCUGCUGAUUACACAAAAGGAGCUGAGAGCUUUUGUGCCAUGGCUUUAACUGUAACCCUAUUGAAAAGAAGACAAUGACUUAUCUUUUAAAUUGUUUGGUAAAUGAAAGCAAAAUAUGGACAUUUUAUGAUAAAUACAUCAUGAACUACUGCACAAAGGACUUUAUAUGAGUUACACAAAAGCUGAAAAGUGUGUGUGUGAAUAUAAAGGAAAAACAGGAAGAAAUUACCUCACCACUCAACAGCCCUUUCCCUACUGCUAUUUAAAAAGAAGAAGAGAAAUCAAACAAAAAAUGUGUUGUUAUACAGAUGUACCAGGUUGCAGCUCAUUCACUCCCUCCCGCCCUCACAUCAAGUACAUUCUGUACUUUUGGCAAUGAGUUGACUGGAUAUUUAGAAGCUGCGAACUGUUCUGAAAGUUUCAUACAGUGGGUUAUGGGCCAUGUGUGUUUGAUCAAAAUUCAAUUACUGCACUGCGCCAGGCUUGGAAACCUAUCAUUGCAAGUUAUGAAGUAUGACGAAAUAAGCUGCUCUAAUUGGUUCAGUAUGGGGAGCAGUCUCAACCAAGCUUGUUAUGAUAAAUAGCUUCCUAUGUUAAAGGUUCUCUAGAGCUUAAGUGUCUUGGCUCACCUCGUUCAACAGAAUAAGAAUAUUGUUCCCCAGGAACAUUUACAUCAUUGUCUCCCUUCCCAGGUUGGAGUUGAAUAUUUGUGGCAUUUUUAUCUUACUGUUCUUGAGGAAUCUAAGCAUAAAUAUAUAUCACUUCUUCCAAUCAUAAAAUACCUUGUGUCCCCAUACACGUUGGUUAUUGGUAAUGUCACUUUUGUCAGCUUGGAAAAUCUUAGCUGUUGUUUAAAGUCAAAUCCACUUCAUAAGCCAUAAAAAAAGUGAUGUCAAAUGCUCUGCAACUCCUAGCUGAGACUUGCCUUACUAAAAGUGUUCCACACAUGCUAAAACUGAAGUAAGGGAUUUUUAUGGUAGAUUUCUGUUAUGAAAAUAAACUCUUGUUUGAUUAUCCUCAUGUAAGCAAACUGGAAGAUAGAGCUAGAACAGUCUGAAGCUACUAUAUAUGUCUGCUUUAUGGUGUUCAAGAAUAUUUGAUGGUGUUCAAGGAUCCUUGAUGUGCAAUUAUGCUAUUUCACUUUAGGAAAAAGGUAUAAAGUAUAUAGUGUUUCUGCUUCUUUGCUUAAGGAAACUAGGGGAAAAAAUAAGCCUUCCCUUUAGUAAUUUGUCUUGUUGGACUCAAAUUAGUUAUCUGAAUAGGUCAUUUUUUUCCUGUAGUAAUUUAACACACUGUUAUCCAGGUUUCAUUUGUUUUAUGAGCUUUGAUCUCAUCAUAGUUUGCCUUUAUAUUUAAAUGUCCUCUUUAACCUUCUGCCAAAAGAUGUGUGUAAUGCUGAAGUCGGCAUUUUCAGCAUGUACUGCAUUUGCUGCAAAAUUUCAAUUGUAUAAACCAUUCACCUUAGUCAUCACUUAAUCAAGCAAUGACUAAGUGCAGCAAUCCAAAAUUAAAAACUUGAAACAGUAGAUGUAAAAUCUACAUCUGAGUAAGAUAAACACACACACACACACUUGUUUUUCAAAGUAGGAUGUGAUCAAAUAUUUUAGAAUGGGUGGUAGGAGAAAAUACAUAAUAGAAAAUGUCAUUAGCUUGGGCAGAUGAUGUAUUUUUUUCAAACAAAACUCAGAAGAAUAUUGUAUUACGGUUUUUAAUAAAAAUUCUGCAAGAAAUAACUUUACCUUUAAAAAUAGAAUAUGAUGGCAGGCAUUUAUGCUCAUCUUCCUUCUGGCAAAUCAGCCUUUUUUUGUGUAUUGAAUCUCACUUGAUUGAAUAGCAUUGAGGCUGCCAGAGUAAAUGCUAUUAUCAAUGUACAGUAAUUAAGGAAAUAGUCCUUGUCACUCGAACAGCAUCCAGGCUGUGCCUGGUGUAAUAAAGUUAAAUGAUAAAGAAAUCUCUUUAAAUAAAGUGCAACUACUGGAGCAUGGUUACUCUUGAAAUGCAGUGGAACAAUGCAGUGGAAAAUUAUUGCUGAUAGGAAAAUAUGCCCACUGAACACAAUGUAAGACUUCUUAAAUAUGUAACUAGAUAACUUUAAAUAAUCUUCUAAUUUAAAGAUAGGGAAAGAUAGACAUAAUCCCUCAUGUCUAAAGAUGGACAAGCUUGGAACACUUUUAUCUUCCUUGUAUGUGCUCUUCAAAUUAUGUUUAGAAUUUAGAAAUAUUUUGAAAUCUCUUUAGAAAAUGUACAGAUUGGGUGUUGUAGCCUUAUGAGUUAAUAUCUGAUACAUUUUAUUAUAAAGUAUCAAUACUUUCUGCUUCAAUCUUAGGGACAUCUGAAGCUGAUAUAAAUUAUGAUUAAAAACAAUGUUCUUCAAGGCUAGGUCUUCCAUAUGAAAACGUUUUUCUUCCACGAUUAUAAUUAACCAUGUCUUAUAUAGUUGAAUAGAUAAAUAACUGGACCUCAUGUGAACAAUUUGGAAGUGAUCUUUGUACUGUAAAAAUAAGUUUCCAGCGUGCAAGUUUUUGAGAUGAGGAUGGCAUUAAGACAUAGUCUGAGGGCUGUAUCUGGGAAACAUAGGGGCCAAGGGAUGAGUAGUUCAGCAGGUUAAGGAGUAAGUUUUUUUGCCAAUGGAAUACUGCAGUACGAAGCAUUUAGAUGUAAUAGAAUAGAUUCAGAGAUGUGUUCUUUAAAAGGCCUUUGCCUCCUCUGAAAUAGUUUAGCUUCUGUAAAAAGGAGAUGAAGUGCUGCUGGAGACUAGGUUUCUGAGAGAAGUGGUUGGGCCAUGGCUUCUACCUGGGAGAGUAUAGAAGAAGAAAGUAGCCUGAAUCUCAUUUGGCAUUAGCCAGAUUUCCUACAGACUUUGUUCUUGAAGAUACAGCUGCGUUCAAGGUAAGUUUUUUUUUUUUUUUGGGUGGGAUCCUCCUCAGCUCUGUGUUUGCCUAGAAGAAAAAACGUUGAUGUUGCAGGUUGCAUUGAGAUAUACUAAAGGUCAGUGCUGCCUGACCUUCCAGCUGAGAUACGGUACUGCCUGUCCCUAAUGGAAUGGAUAAUCAUAAAGCCAUCUUUCCUUCUUCGUGGAAACAAAUUACUGAGGGCCUGGUUCAAUUCUCUAAGUUUCAUUAACAUUUAUUUAUUCUGUUUACAAAUUCUGUUGUCAGUUGUUUAUGAAGCCAGAAUGGAUCUUUUCCGGAUUGAAUCAUUCUUAAGGCUUCUUGUUCUUUGGGAUGUAUGCUCCUUGGGCAUUCUACAUGACAGCAUUUUGCUCUUGGAAAUAUGUAUUCCUUAAUAAAUCAAUUGGUAUGUUUUAAAGCA